AAAUGGGGUCACAGACAGAUACAAAGAAAUGAGAGAUAAAUUCGCUAGCAAAACCCUCGUGGAUUCGUAGAGCUAGGUCCCAAACUCCUCAGCUUAUUUGAAUUGAACUCUCAGUUUCACUACUUUGAGUACUUGUAGAAGAAAGUUCGUGUUAAAUACAGGGAAAUCUGCCCAUUAAUGGCAUUAUUAACUAGGUCACUGUUUCGGCCGUGUCCGAACAAAGGGAACGCGAGGUUGCACUAUUUGUUCAAGACCCACUUUAACUCGGCACAGCUGUUAGUCAGCGUCAUUUCUAACCAUCACCGUGAACUCGGACAAUACUCAGUUUGGUUGUUUGUAACUUGAUGUGUGAUUAGAAAGGAAACAUUUAAGGAGAAUUUUUGCUGUCCAUUGAACCAGCUUAGAGGGAGCCACCACAUAGGAUAAUAGCUGCGUUCUAUAGGGCAGUCCUCACUCAAAAAGGCAGUGGCAGGAACUCAAUUCAGCUUGAUUUUAUCAUUUAAAGAGGAAAAAAAAAAUCCUCCUGCAACUCAUUUUGCUCUUUUGUCAUUCUUGCCAGACCAGAGAAAGCAGCAAAAGAGUUACUCAUAAGAAAAAAAAGGGAAAUAAUCUACCACAUAACUCUAGGCACUGGCAUUCCUCUGUAGUGAUACAAAGUUCUGUAGGGUGGUAAUUUUUACAGAACAGGAUUUGAAAGAUUUUAACAUUUAGUAAAGAAGGGUGAUUUUUUAAGAGGUGAUACUGGACCACCAUCUUCACAUUGAAAAACAGAGCGUUUGCAUGUGCUGCAUAACACCCUUCUGUUUCACAACCAAAACUUUUCGUUGGUCAAGUUUUGCCUUUUUAACGGCCUCAUCGUGGAUUGGAUGCCGUAUCCCGACGCCAGACCAAUGAACAUGGGCCAGAAGGUUUCUGGGGGCGUUAAGCAAAACGGGCGUGAGCCCUCCUAUAGAAUUCCAUAUGAGAUUGCUUAUAACCCUGACUUCCAAAAGCCCAGUCGAUUGGAUGUUCUACUGGACAUGCCUCCUGCGCCGCUUGAAGUCCAAAACCAACAGGCGUGGAAUCCGGACGAUAGAUCAUUAAACAUAUUUGUCAAAGAUGAUGACAAGUUGACAUUCCAUCGGCACCCCGUCGCUCAAAGCACGGACUGUAUACGUGGUCGCGUGGGUUACACCCGCGGGCUUCAUGUGUGGGAGGUGGUAUGGAGUGCACGACAACGUGGCACACAUGCAGUAGUAGGCGUAGCCACGGCCGAUGCUCCAUUACACUGUGUUGGUUAUCAGUCACUUGUCGGGAGCAACUGCGAAUCUUGGGGAUGGGACCUCACGAGAAACAAACUCUAUCACGACGUAAAGAAUAAUCCCAGCGUAACAUAUCCAAAUAUUUAUAACUCAGACGAAACAUUCACUGUUCCAGACGCUUUCUAUGUGGUGUUGGACAUGGACGAGGGAACGAUGAGUUUUAUUGUCAAUGGCCAAUACCUUGGAGUGGCAUUUCGUGGUUUAAAAGGAAAGAAGCUUUAUCCUAUUGUCAGUGCUGUGUGGGGACACUGUGAAAUUACACAUCGAUACAUUAAUGGGCUAGAUCCAGAGCCGCUGCCCUUGAUGGACAUUUGCCGCAGAGUAAUACGACAACAACUGGGAAAAAAUAGACUUCCAGAAAUCGAAAAACUGCCCCUUCCGACCCCACUCAAGCAAUAUCUUCUCUAUCAAUGAGGACCGCUGUGUCGCAAUCUGCUAGCCUGUACUGGGUGGCCAGGACAAAAUGGAACUGAUGUCUUUGUCCAGGGCUUUUAUUAUCUUUUUAUGGUGAAAAAGUUGAGGAUUUAUGGAUAUAUGGGGGAGAAAUUUGGGGAUGAAUGGAGAAAAGUUCGGGAUUAAUGGAGAAUAGGCCAAGGAUAAACUAAGACCAAGCUGAGUGUUCAGGAACAAAUUUGGGGAUAUAUAGUGUUGAUUAGAAAUAUGAAACUGUUUGAUGGAGAAAAUAAAAGCAAAGCUGCAAUAUGAAGACAGGUAUGCAUGGAUGUAUAACAGGUGUGAGGAAAUACUACGCAGGUGCUUGCAAAACUGCAAUGAUCAUCACAUGGCAUUUGGUAUGUUUUUACUACAGGGUUUUUGUAUCAACAGGAAUGUCUCCAAGGAUAUGUCUCUGCCCACAGUGCAGCAGCCUGGAAGUUUUUUAAUGGAAUUUUUCAAUAUUUUCGUGUACAACUCCCUCAUUUUUGUGCACAUCAGUAUCUCUUUUUAAUUCGUUUUUUAAUUAUUUUUUCAAUUGGAAAUAUUUUUGCACUUGCGGCGGGAGUCUAGCCUCCACUGGCUAGCCAUGAGUAUGACACAGAUGUUUCAUUUUGGGUAUGUUCAACUCUGCCCCCCUCCAUGGGGAGAAAAAAAAACAGAAGUUGAGCUCGUCAUGUCUGAGAUCCCCUUGUGGUAAAGUCACCAGCUGAGUGGAAUCCUUUACUUCUAUUCAUUUCCCAUGUUGAAUGAGAUAAACACUGUAGGGAAGUGGCUAGUCAUGUGUAUCAGCGUCCAGUUAAACCAUUAAAUGACCAUAUAAAAUGACCGUUACAUACCUCAUGAAAGUAAGCAUCAUUAAGGGACUCGACCAAUGACCCUAGAAUGAGACAAGUUAAAAUAGUUGCUUGGGAAACCCCAUUAUUUUGAAGGAUAAAGUUUUGAAGGUCUUUUUACAGCAACCACACUAAUAAAGAUGACAUUCUGUUGGUAAGAGAAGUUUGAUGAUAAUGAGUGUCAUUCUGAAUUGAAGAGAAGAAUCAGGUACAACAAAAGCCUCGCAAAGUGCUAAAUUCGCCUCUUAAAAUAGAGCAAAAUCUCAUAGAUAAUGCUGUAUUUAAAACAACAUGUACUCGGAUGAAAGGUUUUAUUACUGCAACUUUUUUCUCUUACAUAUAGAUGUUAGUGGUAUGUGAAUUGAAUCGAUUUUAACCCACCUCAAGUGGAUAUCUAUUGUUACAUUUCAUAGCAGUAUGAUCAGUAUAGUAUUUGAUUAUUGUGACAAGGUGUUAAAGGCUUAGUGUUGUUAGCACUGUAUUACGGAAUGUGUGGGUCAAAGAGACACCAGGGAGCAUUUUCAAUUUUUUAAGAUGAGGUGCAGGUUUGUGAAAAAGGUGAAAAACUCAUUUACCUAAAUCUUUGGGGUGGUUACACAUUACAUGAUAAAUGUAUGUCAUCUUAUGUUAAUUUCAGUAUCCUCCAUAUGCAUGGAUUUUGCUGUAAAAUAGCCACAGUGAGUUUCAGUUGGCUUGAUAACAAGAAUAAGUGAAAUUAAUCUUGUUGAGUGUGGUAAUUUGACGUACUUAUGUUAAUGUGACGUUCAUAUUUGACCUACUUUUCAAGAAAGUGGUGACCUAAUUUUGGUUUAGCUUAUUGUAACUUAUAAGUGUACAAACAUCACCAUUGGGUAUAUCUUUUCAACCUACUUAAAAAGUAUGUCAUUGUGGCAUGUUUCAUUAUAGUACCUUCCAUUUUACUUUAUUAUGUAGAUUAUUUUGAACCUUAGCCAAUAUGAUUAUAACAACCUUUUUUUGCUGGUCAUUGUUGAAAUCUGGACUAAGGAUAGCAUGUGGAAAUAUUAAUUUAUUUUGGCUAGAGAGCAGAAAAUGUAGCAAAUAGCCAGGUUGCAUUAUCUGUGUUUUGCAGGUGAAUAGUGAAAUAACGCAGCACUUGUAUUUUUCAUCCCAUGUUUUACAAUCUGGAUUUGCCUGUACCCCCAAUUUGAUCUCGUUGAAAUAAGUUGACCCCUGUGACCUUGACCCAGUUCCAUUAUCCAGCACACCAUGAUCUCAUUUGAUGAACAGCACACAGUCAUUAUUGCUCCAGAUAACAGAGGAUACACAAAGGAUUCAACCCUUUUCAGGUCACUGUGACCUACAUUUUAAAAUGUGCAUCAAGUUGAAACACUUAUUUAGUUCAUUUUAAGUGCAUGUAGGUCAUGAUUUGUUUAAAUGUCAUUUAAUACGAUUGAGAAACGGGACUUUUAAAAUGAAGUUUGUAUGAUAAUUGGGAAAGAUGUAAUUUGAUGUAAAGAUAAAAGUGCAACCCCGUAGCCACUGACAUCAUGGCAAAUAAUUUCUGUUAAGCAAAGCCAUUUUAUUAUGUUUUAUUUUAAUGAAUGUGCAAUAUUUUGAUUAUUUAUGUUAUAAAUCCUACUGACAAGAUUUGUGCUUAAUCAUUUCUCCAUCAUUUCCUGAAACUUGAGAUUUUGAUCUUAUUAAAAGUAGAUUUCUUUGUUAGGAUUUGACAAGGUGGUCAGUUUUAGAAACAAGUGAGUGACCUGUUACCCUGCAUUGCAGCAUCUUUGUUUCUCACUUACGUGCAUUUUAGAAAUUAUUUAUUGUAGCGUACAAAAAAGUUUUCAAAAUGCACGAGUCCAGAAUUGGGCAGUUUCUGUCAAAAAAAAAUUCUGAACACUCACAAGUUUGACAUUUUAGCUAUACAUGUUGCAAUUCAAUCAUUAAGCCAAUUUUUUUUCUUUUUCUGGAAUCCAUGGAGCAGUUGGUUAAAGGCAUAAUACUAAGACUGCUAUCGUCCUAUUAGAGCCUGCUUCAUCCCCUGUAAAACAAAAAACCUCAAGAGUUAAAUACUCUUUAAGGGUAGUUUUCUCUUCAAGAAAACUUGAUCCAUUAAUAUUGGCACUUUUUUAAAUGUUUUAUUGCUCUUAAUUAAUGUUUGUGAACUACUUGUAAACAACAUUUACUAUUUUAUGUGUUUUUUCAGUUGACUCAGUUGUUUUAUUAUAAGAAUGAAAAACACUGUCACCCAUCUUCAGACUGUGCCAUUGGUGAAAUGAUAACCAAAUUGCUGUUCAGUUAAAACAGUUAUUUUAAAUGUUCAGGUAAUAUGUACUUUUACUUCAUCACUGGACUAUGACAUGUAUAAGGCUGUUUUUGAAACGGCACUCAAGAAGUGCUGCAGUGCAGUCACACUUUCGAGUAGUAAAAAUGGCUGUAUGAACAAAUUUGAUUUAACAUUUUUAAUUAAGAUACAUUGUCUGUUACCCUUAUGUAGUGUUAUUAUUAGGUAUGUAGAUUUUUCCAUCAAAUAAAAAGUGAAAAAACCUA